AUGUCCACCUGCAUCUCCCUCAAACGACCUGGUAUAAGCCUCGAUACAUCGCGACAACCGCCCACAAGACCUGACAAGACCCAGUACAAACUCAUCGAAUACGUGGAAGACUUAGACAGAUACCGUCCCGGAGGAUACCACCCUCUGACAAUAGGAGACGCCUUGAAUAAUGGUCGAUAUCGACUAGUCGACAAGCUCGGCUACGGAGGUUACUCGACUAUAUGGCUGGCGCGCGACCUCCACAGAGCCAAGUACGUAGCAGUGAAAGUCCUCACCGCCGAAACCAGCCCAUGCUCAUCUGAGGCGGCUCUUAUACAUUCCCUCGGAGCCUCGCCGUCUAGGCCAGGUAGCGAGAUCAUCCCCGCCCUCAUCGACGAAUUCUGGGUUAUCGGUCCCAACGGGAAACAUAGGUGCAUUGUCACCCCGCCCGCGCAGAUGAGUCUGUUUGAUGCGAAAGAGGCCUCGACGUUUGGUCUUUUUCAGCCGACGGUGGCGCGGUCGAUUAUCGCCCAGCUUAUUCGGGGGGUGGCCUUCUUGCAUAGUGAAGAUGUUGUGCAUGGCGACCUCCACCUGGGUAACAUCCUUGUCCAAUUCCCUGAGUCAAUCGACUCAUAUCCCCCGUCAGAGCUAUACGAAAAUUACGGAAAUCCAGAGCCCGAAGCCAUCAUUCGCCUCGACAACACGCCCCUCUCACCCAGUGUCCCCACCCAAGUCUUCACACCCGGAUGGUACGGCAUCCCCAGCACCGAAAUCCCCCUGGGCCAAGAACGCAUCGUCCUCAGCGACUUCGGCGAAUCAUUCAACCCCCACCAAACACCGCGGUUUGCCUCCAAAACCCUACCGCUCCUACAGCCCCCGGAGGCGCGCUUCUCACACGCCCCGCUCUCCUUCCCCUCCGACAUCUGGACGCUCGCGUGUACGAUCUGGGAAGUGUUCGGCCAGAGACCGUUAUUCGAGGCGUUUCGUCCCACCGCGGACCGUGUCACCGCGGAGCAGGUCGAGACGCUUGGUCUGCUGCCUUGCGAAUGGUGGGAGAAAUGGGAUAGGAGGGUGGACUGGUUUGACGAGGAGGAGGGGGGGUGGGGUUCGAAGUCGAGGGGUGGAGGGCACGAUGGCGUGCGCAGGCCUUGGGAUGUGAGGUUCGAGGGCUGGAUACAGGCGCCGAGGGCUGAGGCGGGUAUGGAGCAGGUGACGGAGAGCGAGAGGAGGGCGUUUGAGGCGAUGGUUCGCUCAAUGCUUACUUUUCGGCCUGGGGAACGAGCGUCGGCGAAUGAUGGGUUGCAUUCAGCGUGGAUGAGAGAUUGGGGGCAGCCAGCGCUUGCGGAAAGUUGGGGUGUGUCUUAG